UGCUAUUAUCCUAUAUGAGCCACUAUGCAAUCGGCGGGUACCGGAGCAGCUGAUACUGACGCUACUGUAAACAGUAGCAGCAGCAGCAACAGCAGCAGCAGCACGGCAGACGUCGACGAAGGCGACGGGGCAGGAGAGAGGAUGGAGAGGACAGUGCCAAGCGAGCAGCAGGACAGGACCAACAACCACCAGCAGCAGCAGCAAACGCCCUUAACGCCGUCCGGUGUGCUCGAUAAAUUGUUUGGGAAGCGGCUUCUGCAGGCCAGACACUACAUAAUGUCUCGCAAGUCCUGGCUGAAGAUGGUGCCUACUGAAAACUGUGAUAUCCUGAUGACAUUCCCAGAUUCAAUAGAUGACCACACUCUGCUGUGGCUCCUGAAUCAGAUUCGUGUUGGAAUCCCACAAGUCAGCAUUCAAGUUCGACAGCAUAAACACACCCAGGCACACGCCUUUUUCAUCACGACAACAUUUGAGAACUUGCUGCAGGGAGCGGAGCAGAUGAGUAUGCACAAGGCCGUCAAGCCACAGUUCGGCGGCGGGAUGCGGCGCUUUUCCUGUGAAGAGGACAACAUCUAUGAGAACAUAGAGAGCGAGCUCUGCUUUUUUACCUCACAGGAGCGUCAAAGCAUCAUAAAGUAUUGGCUGGACAACCUGAGAGCCAAACAGGGGGAGGUGCUUCACAACAUUCACUUCCUGGAGGGACAGCCAAUCAUCCCGGAGCUGGUGGCUCGAGGGGUGAUCCAUCAAAUGUUUCCUCUUCAUGAACAGAGGAUCCUCAAUCAGCUGAUGACAUCUUGGGUACAGGCUGUAUGUGAAAGGCAGCCACUGGAUGACAUCUGUGACUACUUUGGAGUGAAGAUCGGCAUGUAUUUUGCCUGGCUUGGUUUCUACACCAACUCCAUGCUUUACCCCGCUGUCAUUGGCUUUCUGCUCUGGAUACUAGCAGAAGCCGACCAGACCAGUCAGGAUAUCUGCUGUGUGGUGUUUGCCCUCUUCAAUGUUGUGUGGGCGACGCUGUUUCUGGAGCGUUGGAAGAGGCGAGAGGCAGAGUUGGCCUACAGGUGGGGCACCCUGGACACUCCUGCUGAGUCCUUAGAGGAGCCCAGGCCACAGUUCAGGGGUGUAAAGCGCUGCAGUCCCAUAACAGGUUGUGAGGAGUUCUACUAUCCCCCCUGGAAGAGGGCUAUGUUCAGAUGGCUGGUCAGCCUGCCCAUCUGCCUCCUCUGUCUCUGCUUUGUCUUUCUCGCUAUGCUCCUCUGCCUGGAACUGCAGGAAGUGGUUAUGGAGAUUCAGGAGCUACCUGGUAUCACAAGAUUCAUUCCUAAGAUACUUCUGGCCAUUACUGUAACCAUAUGUGAUGAAGUGUAUAAGAAGAUUGCCUACUGGCUCAAUGACAUGGAGAACUACAGACUUCAGAGUGCCUAUGAAAAUAAUCUCAUCAUCAAGCUGGUUUUUUUUGAAUUCAUCAAUUCUUACCUUAGCCUUUUCUACAUUGGAUUCUACCUCAAGGACAUGGAGCGACUAAAGGAGAUGCUGGCUACGCUACUGAUCUUCCGCCAGUUCCUACAAAACAUCAAAGAGGUCCUCCAGCCUUACAUCUAUGAGCAAAACAAGCUGGGUGUCUUUACUCCAAAGGUGCUGUGGGAGCUUCUCCAAGCCAUCAUGCUCAAGUACGGCCGCUUGGCUCUGGGAAAAGCCCAAGCCUCAAUGACAUCCUACUCCUUCCUGGGCCCCAGAGGGAUCCCUGUCAGUCACACUUCUAACGGGAACCCACAGCAAAAGAGAAGAGGGGAUUUAAAAGCUGGAUUCAGGCUGACAGAAGAAGAGUGGGACAUGAGUGACAGCGUUCUGAAACAACGAAAAGUCAGCUUUACUGAGAAGGUUGACUACCAGGAUGUCACGACGGAAACACAGGAGGUGGAUGACAGCUUCCUUGAGGACAGUCCGACACUGGUGGAGGAAGGGAUGGAUCCUUGCAGUAUUUUUGACAGUUGUGACGAGGACAGUGAUUGUGAAUUGCUGACUCAAGAGAACACCAAGGUGUCCUCUUCAAAAGAAUACGAAUCUCUGUGUCACAGAAGAAAGAAUGUUGUCGAGAGGAAAGAGGACAAGAAGUCAUGGAUUGAUCCACCAGAAGAACCCAAAACUGUCUCUAUGACCCAGGCUGAGAUUGAGAGCUGUAUGCAGACAUAUGAGGAUACGCUUCAGGACUACCAGGAGAUGUUCAUUCAGUUUGGCUAUGUGGUGCUCUUCUCCUCUGCGUUUCCCCUGGCGGCCAUGUGUGCUCUUAUCAACAACAUCAUCGAGAUCCGCAGUGAUGCCCUUAAGCUGUGUACGGGCCUACAGAGGCCCUUUGGACAGAGGGUGGAGAACAUCGGACAAUGGCAGACUGCGAUGGAGGCCAUGGGCUUGAUAGCCAUCAUAGUUAACUGUUACCUGAUUGGUCAGUGCGGUCAGCUGCAGCGUCUUUUCCCCUGGUUGAGCCCUGAGAUGACCAUCAUCUCCAUUGUCUUACUGGAGCACUUUGCAAUCCUCCUAAAGUACAUCAUCCAUGUUGCCAUCCCUGAUAUCCCUGGCUGGGUAGCAGAGGAGAUGGCCAAGCUAGAGUAUCGACGAAGGGAAGCUUUCAAGAAGCAUGAGCAGCAGGCCCAGCACCAUUUCCAACAGCAGCUCAGACGUCGACGUGAGGAAGAUGAGCUUCAGCGUCAGGCUGAACUUCAGGCUGAGGCCCGUCAGGAGAGCGAGUACCACAAAGCAGACAGCCAGCACCAGCACCACCAUGACAAAGCAGCAGGUGGCAAGCCAGGGGACAAGCCUAAAAGACCCAGCUCUCUGCUGGGAAACAACAAUGUGAUGAAGCUCAAGCAAAUCAUCCCUCUCCAGGGGAAGUUCUCCUCUGGCACAUCACGCUCACCGGCCCAGUCCCCAACGGGAGGAGAGGCAAAGCUUCCUGGAUUUCUGAAGUUCUUGAAGUCACCUGAGGUGAAAAAAGAGCCAGCAGUGGCAGUUGGAGCAACACCUGGGUCAACAGUGACCUCUUCAGUUCCCCCUAGUGGCCAGGAGAGGUCUCAGUCCCCCAACAGGACAUUCAGUCCUGGGAAGCUGUUCAGUUUCAGCAAAUCAGAGGGCACUGUGGUGUGCGCAAAUGGGACACAGCCACCCACCCAGUCUGCUAAUACUCAGCCUAAUAGGGCUGACUUAAACACAACCCAAGAGGAAUUACCAUCUAAUGAGUCUGAUAAAGGAGAAACAAGACAAUUAACUGAUUUAGAAAACUCUGGCUCAAAGAGUUAAUAAAAGUUCAACCACGCCAAUGUAAUAUUACAGAUGGAGUGCUAUGUAUAAUUGUUCAGGUAACAUUGUUAGACAGCAACACACCUGUACUGUAG